AUGGGCUACUACUCUUACAACUCCCCUCCUCCACCAUCACCAUCACCACCACCACCAUGUCCACCGCCACCUCAAUAUGGUUAUCAAAAAGCACCCCCACCGCCACAAAAAGAUACUUAUUCUUCUCCAAAACCAUCAUAUCCUCCAAAGUCAUCACCUCCAAAACCUUCAUACCCACCAAAGUCAUCACCUCCAAAACCAUCAUACCCACCAAAAUCAUCACCUCCAAAACCAUCAUACCCACCAAAAUCAUCACCUCCAAAAUCUUCAUAUUCACCAAAGUCAUCACCUCCUAAUAAUGCCUCACCACCAAAUAAUUCUGCAUACCCACCAAAGCCAAGCAAGACUACUCCACCGGCUCAACCACCAAAACCUCAUUAUCCCUCUAAGCCAGAAAAGAACUCUCCUUCAGCUCAACCACCAAAACCCUAUUCGAAACCUCCCUCAACCACACCUUACCCCGGAUCACCGCUAGCCCAGCCGCCCACCUUCCACGGCUACGCGCCAGCCCCGCCCACUUUUGGAUCUCCUUCGCCUACCAUCAGUGGCAUCCCGCCUUCCUCUGACAUCUCUACGCCACCUUCGGGAGGCAACCACACAACUGUUAUAGCAGUAUGCGUGUCCCUUGGUGGUGCUUUCUUCUUGGCAUUCAUCUUGGUUGGCCUGAUUUGUCUUGCUAAGAAGAAGAAGAAGCCGGUUUUGAUUCCGGCUGCAGCUGCCUGUGCAUCAUCAUCAUCAUCAGACUCUGAUGAAGAAAGUGGCCAUGGAAGUGGAACUGCUCGUCAUGGAGCCGCCGAAGGCGCUGCAGUCGUUGGUGGAGGAGGAUCUCCAAACCGAUCAUCUGGCCAUGGUUCAGGGCAUCAACGAAGUAGUUACUAA